CCUCCUGGCCCCGCGAUGAGUCAGCCACCGACUGGGGGCGCUGCCCCUCCUGCAGCCCCAGCUUCCGCAGCCACCGCGGCCACCGAGGCGCGAUUGCACCCGGAGGGCAGCAGCCGAAAGCAGCAACGUGCUCAGUCGCCCGCUCGACUGCGGGACGGUUCGCUCCGCCAGACCGCCGGGGCCACGCGGUCGCCAAUAGGCUCCGGCUCGAAACUCAAUUCUGUCCGGCAGCAGCAGCAGCAGCAGCAGCAGCUUCUGCAGCAGCAGCAGCAACAACAGCAGCUGCAGGGCAACAAGUCUGGGAGCCGCGCUACGCCCGCGGCCAGCGCCCGCGGAGGCGGGGCCGAGAAGGCGGGGCCCGCGGCGCCGAAAGGGGCCGCAGCGGGCGCUGUCCCGGCCGCGGGUGGUGCUGAAACGGCCACCCUGGCCCCCGGGGGCGGCCGAAAGCCCGGCGCCCCGGAGGAAGCGCCCAGAGAGCUCGAGACCGUGUCGGCGAAACACGGGGAACCCCCUCCGCUAGGAGGAGGAGGAGGAGGAGGAGGAGGAGGAGGAGGAGGGCUGGGGGAAGGAGGAGGAGGAGGAGCCGGCAGCGGCUCGGGGGAGAAGGAGGGGGGCGCUCCGCAGCCGCCGCCGCCGCCCAGGGGCUGGCGAGGGAAAGGCGUCCGCGCGCAGCAGAGGGGCGGCAGCGCCGGGGAAGGGGCUUCCCCGUCGCCUUCCUCCUCGGCGGCCAAACCCCCCAGCUCCGCGAGCAGAAACCCCGGAAGCGGCGGCGGCAGCGGCGGCGGCUACUGGAAAGAAGGAUGCCUGCAGUCUGAGCUCAUCCAAUUUCAUCUCAAGAAAGAGCGGGCGGCGGCGGCGGCGGCCGCGGCGGCUCAGAUGCACACGAAGAACGGGGGAGGGGGCAGCACCCGCAGCUCCCCGAUCGCGGGCGCCCCGGCCGUUUGCGAGCCCCUGGCCACCCCGGCCGCCUCUCCGAUGGCCGCGGCCGCAGAGGGCCCCCCGCAGAGCGCCGAGGGCAGCAGUGCCAGCGGCGGGGCCCUGCAGGCAGCGGCGCCCCCCGCCGCCGCGCGGCCCAACCCGCAGCCGCUCCCGGAGCAAGAAGAGAUGCAGGAGGAGAUGGAGAAGCUGCGAGAGGAGAAUGAGACUCUCAAGAACGAGAUCGAUGAGCUAAGGACCGAGAUGGAUGAAAUGAGGGACACUUUCUUCGAGGAGGAUGCGUGUCAACUGCAGGAAAUGCGACACGAGUUGGAGAGGGCCAACAAAAACUGCCGGAUUCUGCAGUACCGCCUCCGCAAAGCCGAACGCAAAAGGCUCCGUUACGCACAGACCGGGGAAAUCGACGGAGAGCUGUUACGCAGCCUGGAGCAGGACCUCAAGGUUGCAAAGGAUGUAUCAGUGAGACUUCACCAUGAACUGGAAAAUGUGGAAGAAAAGAGAACAACAACAGAAGAUGAAAAUGAGAAAUUGAGGCAACAACUCAUAGAGGUUGAGAUCGCAAAACAAGCUUUACAGAAUGAGCUGGAAAAAAUGAAGGAGCUAUCCCUAAAAAGAAGAGGAAGCAAAGAUUUACCAAAAUCAGAAAAAAAGACUCAACAGACUCCCACAGAGGAGGACAAUGAAGAUUUGAAAUGCCAGCUGCAGUUUGUGAAAGAAGAAGCUGCUUUGAUGCGAAAGAAAAUGGCCAAGAUUGACAAAGAAAAGGACAGAUUCGAACACGAGCUCCAGAAGUACAGAUCCUUUUACGGGGAUCUGGACAGCCCUUUGCCCAAAGGAGAAGCGGGGGGUCCUCCCAGCACCCGGGAGGCCGAGCUCAAGCUACGACUGAGGCUGGUGGAGGAAGAAGCCAACAUUCUGGGCAGGAAAAUCGUGGAACUGGAGGUGGAGAACCGAGGCCUGAAGGCAGAACUCGACGAUCUGCGGGGCGAUGACUUCAACGGCUCGGCCAACCCGCUCAUCCGGGAGCAGAGCGAGUCCCUGUCGGAGCUGCGGCAGCACCUGCAGCUGGUGGAGGACGAGACCGAGCUGCUGCGGCGCAACGUGGCCGACCUGGAGGAGCAGAACAAGCGCAUCACCGCCGAGCUCAACAAGUACAAGUACAAGUCAGGCAGCCACGACAGCGCCCGGCACCACGACAGCGCCAAGACCGAGGCCCUGCAGGAGGAGCUGAAGGCCGCGCGCCUGCAGAUCAACGAGCUGAGCGGCAAGGUGAUGCAGCUGCAGUACGAGAACCGCGUGCUCAUGUCCAACAUGCAGCGCUACGACCUGGCCUCGCACCUGGGCAUCCGCGGCAGCCCCCGCGACAGCGAUGCCGAGAGCGACGCGGGCAAGAAGGAGAGCGACGACGACUCGCGACCCCCGCACCGAAAGCGCGAGGGGCCCAUCGGCGGCGAGAGCGACUCGGAGGAGGUGCGCAACAUCCGCUGCCUCACGCCCACCCGCUCCUUCUACCCCGCCCCGCCGGGGCCCUGGCCCAAGAGCUUCUCCGACCGGCAGCAGAUGAAGGACAUCCGCUCCGAGGCCGAGCGCCUGGGCAAGACCAUCGACCGGCUCAUCGCCGACACCAGCACCAUCAUCACCGAGGCGCGCAUCUACGUGGCCAACGGGGACCUGUUCGGACUGAUGGACGAGGAGGACGACGGCAGCCGCAUCCGCGAGCACGAGCUCCUCUACCGCAUCAACGCGCAGAUGAAGGCCUUCCGCAAGGAGCUGCAGACCUUCAUCGACCGGCUCGAGGUGCCCAAGUCCGCGGACGACCGCGGUGCCGAGGAGCCCAUAUCCGUGAGUCAGAUGUUCCAGCCUAUCAUUUUACUUAUUCUCAUUCUUGUAUUAUUUUCAUCACUUUCUUACACAACAAUAUUUAAACUUGUCUUCCUUUUUACACUGUUUUUUGUACUGUAAAUCUUUCAUCAUUUACCAUUCAUUGUA